GAGGCGGAAUUGGGGUCUGCUCUAAGCUGCAGCAAGAGAAACUGUGUGUGAGGGGAAGAGGCCGGUUUCGCUCCUGGGUCUCUAGUUCUUGCACGCUCUUUUAAGAGCCUGCAUUGGAGGAAUUCUACCAUUACCAGCUCCCUUCUUGCAUAAAGGAAGCAGAAACAUACAUUUAUUCAUGCCAGUCUGUUGCAUGAAGGCUUUUUGGCUUCCUACCUUGCAACAAAAUAAUUGCACAAACUCCUUAGUGCUGAUUCCGCCCACAGAGAGUCUUGGAGCCAGAGUCUCUUGUGCUUUGCAUUGUAAGAAAGGGACUAAGUGAUAGAGAUGAUGUCGCUUUCCUGAGCUCCUGAGAGCGCUCGUGAACUGGAAUCAACUGCUUCAGGGGAAGGAAAAAAAAGAGAGAGAGACUUGCCUGGGAGGCGGCGAGAAACUUGCAUUGGAAGCUCCAGCAACCAGCAUUCAAGAAACUCCUCUCCACUUUAGCACAGUCUCCAGACUCAGAGCCAAGAGACAGAGCAACUGCAGCGCGGUGAGAGAAAGAAACAGGGAGGGAAAGACUCUCCAGUCUGGGAACUAUAACUCCUCUGCAAGAGGCGCAGGACUCCUUCCCUUGAUCUUUUGGAGACUUUCCUGUCGCCCACCUCCGCCCCGACCGGGAGUGGAGGGGUCCGCGCGGCUGCCGCGAGCGUUCUCCCGCUCGGCGUGCGCUCAGCCGGAGGAGCCGGGAGGGCCCGGCGAUUGCGCCGCGGCCGCCGCGAGGCUGUGAGCGCGCGUGGGAGCCCGCCGAGCCGAGGCCAUGGUGCAGCAAACUAACAACGCGGAGAACACGGAAGCGCUGUUGGCCGGCGAGAGCUCGGACUCGGGCGCCGGCCUCGAGCUGGGCAUCGCCUCAUCCCCCACGCCCGGCUCCACCGCCUCCACGGGCGGCAAGGCCGACGACCCGAGCUGGUGCAAAACACCGAGCGGGCACAUCAAGCGGCCCAUGAAUGCCUUCAUGGUGUGGUCGCAGAUCGAGCGGCGUAAGAUCAUGGAGCAGUCGCCGGACAUGCACAACGCUGAGAUCUCCAAGCGGCUGGGCAAACGCUGGAAGCUGCUCAAAGACAGCGACAAGAUCCCUUUCAUUCGGGAGGCGGAGCGGCUGCGCCUCAAGCACAUGGCUGACUACCCAGACUACAAGUAUCGGCCCAGGAAGAAGGUGAAGUCCGGCAACACCAACGCCAGUUCGGCCGCCGCCGCCUCCAAGCCCGGGGAAAAGGGCGACAAGGUCGGUGGCAGCAGCGGGGGCGGCCACGGGGGCGGCGGCGGGAGCAGCAACGCGGGGGGCGGAGGCGGCGGCGCGAGCGGCGGCGGCGCCAACUCCAAACCAGCGCAGAAAAAGAGCUGUGGCUCCAAGGUGGCGGGCAGCGGGGGUGGCAAGCCGCACGCCAAGCUUGUCCUGACGGGCGGCGGCGGGAAAGCGGCAGCCACCUCCUCCUUCGCGUCGGAGCAGGCGGGGGCUGCCGCCCUGUUGCCCCUGGGCGCGGGGGCCGCCGACCACCAUUCGCUCUACAAGGCGCGGACUCCCGGCGCUGCAGCCUCCGCGGCUGCCUCGGCCCCCGCCUCGCUCGCGGCCACGGGCAAGCCCCCGGCCGAGAAGAAGGUGAAGCGCGUUUACCUGUUCGGUGGCCUGGGCGCCGCGGCGUCGCCCUCCGGCGUGGGCGCGGCCGCGGACCCCAGCGACCCCUUGGGCCUGUAUGAGGAGGGGGGCUCCGGCUGCCCGCCCGACGGGCCGAGCCUGAGCGGUCGCAGCAGCGCCGCCUCGUCGCCGGCCGCGGGCCGCUCGCCUGCCGACCACCGCGGCUACGCCAGCCUGCGCGCCGCCUCGCCUGCGCCGUCCAGCGCGCCCUCACACGCGUCGUCCUCGGCCUCGUCCCACUCUUCUUCUGCCUCCUCCUCCGCCGGCUCCUCGGCCUCCGACGACGAGUUCGAGGAUGACCUGCUCGACCUGAACCCCAGCUCAAACUUUGAGAGCAUGUCCCUGGGCAGUUUCAGCUCGUCGUCGGCGCUGGACCGGGAUCUGGACUUCUCCCUGGAGCCGGGUUCGGGCUCGCACUUCGAGUUCCCGGACUACUGCACGCCCGAGGUCAGCGAGAUGAUCUCGGGGGACUGGCUGGAGUCCAGCAUCUCCAACCUGGUCUUCACCUACUAACGGCGCGCGCUGGAGAGGAGGGCCGGGGCGACUGAGGUAGAAAAAGUGGACAGAGAGAGAGUAGGAAGAAAAAAGGGGAAAAAAUGGAAAAGGAAAAAAAAAAAGUAAUGAGUGAGGUCGGCUUGUUCGCGUCGCGGUCGCAAAAGAGGAGUGCGCGGCGUUUGGGGACCCACGCUCCCAUCCCCCAUCCUCUCUGGGGACGCGGUGGAGUCGAGGGAGACGGGAGACCUUUUUAUUGUUGUGGUUGAUGUUGUUGUGAUGGCAAAAAAAAAAACACCCAAAAAAAAACAAAAAAAAAAGCUUCGAAUGUCCUCCCCUUUGUGUGAAGAGACCCCCUCCUCCCCCCAGGCUUCCGGACUGGUAGGCACCCCAGCGAGAAGCUGAGUUGGGAAUUUUCUGGAGACUGAAGGAAUCUCGUCCCUCUCUUUUCGCCUCCUUAGUGUUUUUAUAUUUUUGUUUGGUUUCUUGGUCAAGAGAAGAGGGGGGUAAAAAAAAAAAAAUCCAGCGCGUCCCUGGGGACUUUGUCCUCAGCACUCCCUUCCCCCCACCCUGAGGAAGACGCAAGGCUUGGAGAGGCGAGUUUGACCGACGGCAGAUGUUUUGGGGCCGCGCUGGCUCCAGCGACGGGACUGAGGGACUCCAUGCAGGCCAAUGCCCGUCUUUUUUCCUCCCCCCGCCCCCACCUUUCUUUUUUUCCUAGCCCCUGCAGCCGGAGGAGAUAGGAGAUGCGGAGUGACCCGGGCUCGGAAAUGACCUGAGAACCUGGUUGGAAGAAGCCACACCAGCGAGGGCAGGGGAAGCGGGGGCGGGGGCUGCAAGGACGCGGACUGGAAAGGGGCGAAUAACAAACUGAGACGGAUUUGCACGUUGGGGAGAAGGUGGCGGCGGCUCCGGUCUCCCGUCUUCCACGUGGAUGAAAUCAGCGAGGAGACCUCCCGAGCUUGCAGGAGGAAAGGCGACUGUUGGAUGUGGUCCCGGGCAGUGGAGGGCGAGUGGUUUGGGGGGAAAGAGGUUUUUUUCUUCUCUUAAUUGGAAUCGUGAUGGUGUUGGAUUAUUUCACUGGUGGGGUUACUAUAGCAUGUUCUCCUGUCUAUCUUUUAAAGAUUUCUGUAUGAGACUGUUGAGCAGUUUUUAAAAUAGUGUAGGAUAAUAUAAAAAGCAGAUAGAUGGCGCUCUGUUUGAUUCCUACAACAAAAUUAUCACCAGCUUUUUUUCAUUCUUAACUCUUUAAAGGAUUCAAACGCAACUCAAAUCUGUGCUGGACUUUAAAAAACAAUUCAGGACCAAAUUUUUUCUCAGUGUGUAUGUGUUUAUUCCUUCUAGGUGUAAAUGAGAAGACGUGUUUUUUUCCCUCACCGAUGCUCCAUCCUCGUAUUUCUUUUCCUUGUAAAUGUAAUCAGAUGCCAUUUUAUAUGUGGACGUAUUUAUACUGGCCAAACAUUUUUUUCUUAUUUUGUUUUUUUCUUUUUUUGUACUUUCAUUUCUUCCUUCCUUCCUUUUUUCUUCCUUUUCUUUCUUUUUCUUUUCUUUCUUUCUUUCUUUCUUUUUUUUUUUUUUUUUUGGUAGUUUGUUGUUACCCACGCCAUUUUACGUCUCCUUCACUGAAGGGCUAGAGUUUUAACUUUUAAUUUUUUAUAUUUAAAUGUAGACUUUUGACACUUUUAAAAAACAAAAAAAGACAAGAGAGAUGAAAACGUUUGAUUAUUUUCUCAGUGUAUUUUUGUAAAAAAUAUAUAAAGGGGGUGUUAAUCGGUGUAAAUCGCUGUUUGGAUUUCCUGAUUUUAUAAUAGGGCGGCUGGUUAAUAUCUCAGUUUAAAAAAAUCAGCCCCUAAUUUCUCCAUGUUUACACUUCAAUCUGCAGGCUUCUUAAAGUGACAGUAUCCCUUAAUCUGCCACCAGUGUCCACCCUUCCACCCCAGUCUUAUGAAGGGGAGGAGAAUUAGCCAAACACUGUAUGCUUUUAAGAAAAACACAUUUUUUAAACAAAAUACUGUUCUGUCCAGAGGCUUUAAAACUGGUGCAUUUACAGCAAAAAGGGAUCCUGUAGCUUUAAUUUGUAAACCACAUCUUUUUUGCACUUUUUUUAUAAGCAAAAACGUGCCGUUUAAACCACUGGAUCUAUCUAAAUGCCGAUUUGAGUUCGCGACACUAUGUACUGCGUUUUUCAUUCUUGUAUUUGACUAUUUAAUCCUUUCUACUUGUCGCUAAAUAUAAUUGUUUUAGUCUUAUGGCAUGAUGAUAGCAUAUGUGUUCAGGUUUAUAGCUGUUGUGUUUAAAGAUUGAAAAAAGUGGAAAACAUCUUUGUACAUUUAAGUCUGUAUUAUAAUAAGCAAAAAGAUUGUGUGUAUGUAUGUUUAAUAUAACAUGACAGGCACUAGGACGUCUGCCUUUUAAGGCAGUUCCGUUAAGGGUUUUUGUUUUUAAACUUUUUUUUGCCAUCCAUCCUGUGCAAUAUGCCGUGUAGAAUAUUUGUCUUAAAAUUAAGGCCACAAAAACAAUGUUUGGGGGACAAAAAAAGAAAAAUCAUGCCAGCUAAUCAUGUCAAGUUCACUGCCUGUCAGAUUGUUGAUAUAUACCUUCUGUAAAUAACUUUUUUUGAGAAGGAAAUAAAAUCAGCUGGAACUGAACCCUAAA